AUGGAUAUCCGCACAAUCGACCGAGAGGAAAACAGGCGUCGCAUGGCAAAUGGCGAGCUCUACUAUGCCUUCUCGCCUGAUCUCAUCGCCGAUCGCCAACGGUGCCGCAAGGCGUACCAGAGACUGAACGCGGCUGGUGAUGUGAGCCGCAGGGAGCUCGUUGAGCUGUGGAAAGAGUACCACCAUCCCCCCCCCAGGCUUGGGCGCAACGUUUAUGUCAACGUGAACAGCACCUGGAUAGACACCUGCCUCAUCUCCAUCGGCUCGCGCACGCUCAUCGGGCCCAACUGCUCUUUCUUCAGCGGAACCCAUCCGCUGGACCCGACCCUCCGCAACGGCACGCAGGGUCCCGAGAGCGGCAAGCCCAUCACCAUCGGCGACGACUGCUGGUUCGGCGGCAACUGCAUUGUACUGCCGGGUGUGACCAUUGGCCGGGGUGUAACGGUCGGUGCUGGCAGUGUCGUGACCAAGGACGUUCCGGAUCACGUUGUCGUUGCGGGAAACCCAGCGCGCGUCAUCAAAAAGGUUGAGGUAUCGGUGCCCGCCGAAACGAUCCCUGCCACAUCGACGAAUAUCAACUAUGCUUCGUAG